AUGAAGAUCCUGCUUUUACUGGUUCUGCUGGGAAUACACAGCGCGAGCGCACGAAUUCACUCUAUGAAGUAUUUCUUCACUGGAUCAUCUGAAGUCUCAAACUUCCCACAGUUUGUGGUUGUUGGUUUGGUUGAUGAUGUUCAGAUACUUCACUAUGACAGCAACACAAUGAAAGCAGAACCCAAACAGGACUGGAUGAGGAAGAACACAGAUCCACAGUACUGGGAGAGAGAGACUGAUGGCUUUUUGGAAACCCAGCAUAACUUCAAAGUCGACAUUGAAAUUGCAAAGAAGCGCUUCAACCAAACUGGAGGUGUCCACAUCUUCCAAAGAAUGUAUGGCUGUGACUGGGAUGAUGAGACUGGAGAAGUUAAUGGUAAUGAACAGUAUGGUUAUGAUGGAGAAGACUUCAUAGUAUUUGACCUGAAGACAGAGACAUGGAUCACUCCAUCAUCACAGGCUUUCAUCACCAAAAACAAAUGGGAUGCUGAUAAAGCUGAUCUUGCUAAUCAAAAACACUACUACACCCAGGUGUGUCCUGAGUGGUUGAAGAAGUACGUGGAGUAUGGGAAGAGCUCUCUGCAGAGAACAGAGCUUCCCUCAGUGUCUCUCCUCCAGAAGUCUCCCUCCUCUCCAGUGACCUGCCACGCUACAGGUUUCUACCCAAACAAAGCCGUGUUGUCCUGGAGGAAAGACGGAGAGGAUCAUCAUGAGGACGUGGACCACGGAGAGACUCUGCCCAACCAUGACGGAACCUUCCAGAUGAGCACUGACCUGCGAGUGUCAUCAAUCCCACCUGAGGACUGGAGGAAGUAUGACUGCGUGUUCCAGCUCUCUGGUGUGGAAGACGUUGUCAAAGUACUGGACAAAGACGCCGUCCAAUCCAACAGAGAGAAGCCCAUGGACACGACCAUCAUCAUCAUCGUUGCAGUGGUUGUUCUUAUCGUCAUCAUCUUCGCUGCCGCUGCUUUCCUCUUGUACAGAAGAUUCAGUGCCAAAUCCGCCCCAUCUCGUAAGUAAAGAUUUGUAUUUCCAUGAUUCAUAUUUAUUUACAAUUCUAACUUAGGUUGAAAUGGACAUGGUAUUGACACAGCUGUUAUUCUACAUACAGUGGUGUGAUUGAUUUCUUAUUUUUCUGCACGUUUGUCACACUUAAAUGUCUCAGAUUAUCAAACACAUUUAAAUAUUAGACAAAGAUAACCCAAGUUAACACAAAAUGCAGUUUUUAAGUGAUGAUUUUAUUUAUUAUGGGGAAAAAACUAUCCAAACCUACAUGGCCCCAUGUGAAAAAGUAAUUCCCCCCCUUGUAAAAUCAUCAGGUCACUGUGGUUAGUCAAAUUUUUUGGAAAAUGUUACUUGCCACACCCAGGCCUGAUUACUGCCAGACCUACU